UUUAUUAGAGGUUGCUUUGGGUUUAUUUCAAAUGUAAUGGACGCAGAGAAAGAUAGAAUGGUGGGGCAAAGGUCUAAAGGGAAAGAGGGAGAUAAGGGUAGAAGAGAGAAGGAAGCAUAAAGAGGACACAAGUCAACACCCUAGAAGUCUGAAAGAAAGAGAGAGAACUAAACAGAGGAACCACAGCAACAAACAACAUAUGCAUAUGAAGUAAUAACAAUAGCAUCAGUCAAAACCUGUGAUUGGUAGCAACUGCACCCCAACGUAGUGCAUCUGAAAAACAUAUCCUAAGUAAUUAAACGUAAACAUGUCAGAAGUUACAUAUUUUUUUUUAGCAGUAGAGACGCACAAAUCAGAAUUUUCUGGUUGAUUUUUAAUUAGAUUUCUCUCCAUAAACUGAAAUGCAUAAUUUAUUCUUUUUUUUUCCCCCACCAGAUUCUAUAGAAGUCCUAAGAAGCUCUGAUUUUGAGUGUGUAAAAGUUAGAGACGUUCCUUCUUGGUGUCAGGAUCAUCUCUGCUUCUUCUUCUCUUCCACCGAUGACGUUUGUUGUGCUUUCCGGCUGCGUUGUUCUAGUUCUAGCUUUGGCCCAGAAUCCGGUCGCGAGCAUGACACCGCUGCGUGCUCGCACGGCGAGUCUCUGCAGCGAUACAUGGAAUGCUGCACAGUAAAGGUGCGAAGAACAACAGCAAAAAAGAAACCUGUAAACAACUUCCUGGACUUUCUUCCAGCUGUAAGCAGGCUGUGAGAAACUCGCCUGCCUCUCUGCCACCGGGUGACUUCGCCACUUUCGUUUGUCGGCGUCCUCCGUCUGCGGGGCCAGCGCUCGAGGAGUGAGCGCGGCGCCGUUACUCGGGGUGUACAACAAGGUGGGAAACCUUGAAUAAUGUGAGACGGGGAGCGAGGUGGAGAGGCGAAGCCCGAGUCAAACCAGCGGGUCACCGGGAGGUGAGGCUCGCCUUCUUCCCUGGGUUCAGCUAAAGUUCAGCAGCAUAGCAUUAGGCAAAUUAGGGAGACAAGAGUGUUGGGGUUGGAAGGAAGAAAAAAAAAAACAGGUUGAGGGACUGAUUGAAGAUGGUAAGGAGUGAGGAACUAACAGGGGAAAAAAACCAUCAGAGAGAUGCAUUCUGCUGCAGCUUUCAUUAUACCCAUAAACUCCCGUGGAAAGAUAUGAAAGACUAAUUACUGCGCUUAUAUAACUCAAUCAUGUCAUGAAAGCCGUUCCUAUUUAAAGCCCCCGCUGCUGGGUAGAGGGAGGGCCCCGCUCUGCCUCAUUCAGGCCCUGCGUUGCAGAAAGGGACAUCCAUUGUCACGUCCCUGAAAGGGUUAAAUAUGGGCGGAGCGGCUGCAUGAAAGACACGGAGGAGGUGGUGGUGGUGGUGGUAGGGGGGUGAAAAAGGCCGGAGCCCGCUGGAGGUGGAGCCAGAUCCCCUCAGCUCAGCUGCUGCGCCUUGUCACAUUUCUGCACAAUAUGAUCGCCGCUCGCCUUGCUGUGGGAACAAUUUCUCUCUCUGCAAACACGAAGCAGGCGGUGCAGCCGGGAGUCUGAGUGAGAGCGAAAGGAAGCCGCCUGGUUGCUGCACAGGAGAGGAGGGGACGGCGGUGGCUGGCGGUGGAGGGGGAAGCUGACAAGGAGUCCAGCCGCGGCGGAUCGGGCGCUAACGGGACAACCGAGCGGAACCCAGCCGGACGACGGAGCGCAACUCCGCGGAAUCUUAACGCCUCUGUCCCGGAUCGGAUUUAUUCCUGCUCUGCUGUCUGGGAUUUAAUUGCGGGUCGCAACGCGGACGGAGCCUUGUUUAAAUGUUGCUCCGACUCCGAUCGAGGCCGACCUGAGCGGACCGGACCGGACAGGACAGAUCUAUUUCUGCUGAACUUCCCUCGGUUCGGUUUGGCGUAUUGUGUGUGUGUGUGUGUUUUUUCUUUCUUUCUUUCUUUCUUUCUUUUUCUUGGUGCUGCUCCGACGGACACAAUGCGGACUGCUUUUUUAAAUCUUCUUCUCAAACGAGGUUGAUGUCUUUUUAUUAUUAUUUUUUUUCAUUUUGCUGCUGCUGUCGCGGUUCCUGCAGGAAGAUGCCAGAUGUCCAGAUCGUCCCGCUGUGUUUGGAUCUAUCACUUUUCCCUCGAUCUUGAUGCCGUUUCCCCCCUCGCUCUCCCCUCCAUCUGAGCCAGUCUACCUCUGAGCACCGCUCCGUGUUUCCAGCGCCUCUCCCCCGCCGCCGCCGCCUCUCUGCCGCGUAUGAUGUACGAGAGCGUGGACGUUGUGGGACUGAAUCCCAGCCCGAACCCGUUUUUAAUGAUGGAUUAUUACAACCAGAGCAGAGGAUGCUUGAUCCCAGAGAAGGGGCUGGUGCCCGGGGCGCCCCAUCCUUACAGCACGUCCAUCAGGAACCAUCACUGGAACGGCUCCAAUCACUCAAUAGAGACCCAGAGCACCAGUUCAGAAGAGAUAGUGCCAAGCCCACCCUCACCUCCCCCGCCACCCCGCGUCUACAAACCCUGCUUUGUGUGCCAGGACAAGUCCUCAGGGUACCACUAUGGUGUCAGCGCCUGUGAAGGCUGCAAGGGAUUCUUUCGGAGAAGCAUCCAGAAGAACAUGGUGUACACUUGUCACCGGGAGAAGAACUGCAUCAUCAACAAAGUCACCCGCAAUCGCUGCCAGUACUGUCGGUUACAGAAGUGCCUGGAAGUUGGGAUGUCCAAGGAGUCGGUGAGGAACGACCGGAACAAGAAGAAGAAGGAUGAGAAGAAGCAGGAAUGCACGGAGAGCUAUGUGCUGAGUCCCGACACAGAGCAGAUGAUUGACAGGGUUCGCAAGGCGCACCAGGAUACUUUCCCUUCGCUCUGCCAGCUGGGCAAAUACACUACGUCUAACAGCUCAGAAAGGCGCGUGUCUUUGGACAUAGACCUGUGGGACAAGUUCAGCGAACUGUCUACCAAGUGCAUCAUAAAGACGGUGGAGUUCGCCAAGCAGCUGCCGGGCUUCACGACGCUCACCAUCGCCGACCAGAUCACUCUGCUCAAAGCCGCCUGUCUGGAUAUUCUGAUACUGCGCAUCUGUACACGUUACACACCAGAGCAAGACACCAUGACCUUCUCAGACGGCCUCACGCUAAACCGAACCCAGAUGCACAACGCCGGCUUCGGUCCCCUCACUGACCUGGUGUUUGCCUUCGCCAACCAGCUCCUGCCUCUGGAGAUGGACGACGCAGAAACGGGGCUUCUUAGCGCCAUCUGCCUGCUGUGUGGAGAUCGGCAAGAUUUAGAAGAAGCAGACAAAGUGGACAUCCUGCAGGAGCCCCUGCUGGAGGCCCUGAAGAUUUACGUACGGAAGAGGAGGCCCCACAAACCUCACAUGUUCCCCAAGAUGCUGAUGAAGAUUACUGAUCUGAGGAGCAUCAGUGCUAAAGGAGCGGAGCGUGUCAUCACACUGAAGAUGGAGAUCCCUGGAUCCAUGCCGCCUCUCAUCCAGGAGAUGCUGGAGAACUCUGAGGGCCUGGAGAGCGGCGCGGCGGGCAGCAGGCCCAGCGGCGCCCCCCCAGGCAGCUGCAGUCCCAGCCUGUCCCCCAGCUCGGCCCAAAGCAGUCCAGCCACACAGUCACCAUAGAGACGGCCCUCUCGUUUUCACCGUUUUCUUCUCUUCAUGUCGUCUCCAAACAGAAAGGAGGGGGGGAGGGGCAAAGGAAGGUGGGCUUCGAUCCUUACUGCUGAUCACAGGAGACUGGCGGAGACGCCUCCUUCUCUCCACCACACCCCCAUCCUUCCACCACCCGACACAAGUCCACAUCUCCUGAUCUGCUUGCUGUCACUGUGGAACACUGUCCGGACAGGAGGGGGGAGGUAUGGGGGAUUGAGACUGGGAUGGACCGGACCGGACCGGACCGGGACAGGACGAGAGAUGAACCCCGUAAACACAGACUCCUCCUCCUUUUCCUCCACCUUCCUCAGAGUCACAGACGUUAACAAGUCCGGAUGCAGCGACCUGUUCUGAAUGAGUGAGAGCAGCACAAUGGGACGAAGACAUGGACAUGGACAUGGACAUGGACGGAGACUGACUUGACAAACACCAGACACUUUGUUGUUGUUUCUCUACAGACUACAACUUUGAACGUUGAAGACCCCACUCCUCAAAAGACUCUGGGUCUUUCCUCUGUUUUUUUUUUUUUUCCUUUUGUGUUUGAUUUUCAAACAAACAAAAAAAAACAACAACCAGAUUUUGUACAAAAGAUAUAUAAAUAUAUAUAGAAGAGUUAAGGAACUAUGGUGCUUGGCGUGUCCGGGAGCGAACGGCAGGCUGACACCAGGACGAGUUUACCGCGCUGAGAUUAGAACUUGUUGUACUCCUUCACUGUUUGAAUCUUUUUCAUACCUAUCAAAGAAUAAUGAGAGACGUUUCCGUUUCACGUUUGUAUAUUAUUCUUAAUAACAAGAAGAUAAACGAAAAAAACAAAAAAGACGUUGACAUUUCUCUGGAGUCGUACACAAACACAGAAACGUGCACAAGAAAACGAUGAAUAUCAGCUACUAUUCCAGGUUGGAUGUGUUUUCCCUUUAAUCUAAUCUUUUUUUUUUUUUUUCUGUUCUGUUUUCUUCCCUAGCGAAUGAAAAAAAAAACUGAUUGUAUGAACUUGGUUGUAUGAUAUUGUCACAGGUCCUUUCAAGAAAUCAAAUUAAUGAAGAGUCAUUAUUAAGGUGUAUUUUCAGUGGCUUUGAGUUUGUGUAUAUAAGCUGUAUUCAUUUCUUUAAAACUAUGAAGAGUUUUAGGCCUCACAUGAUUUUUUUUUUUUUUUUUUUUAAUUCCUCUUUUUGUGUUUUGUUCUAGUUUUUGUGAUUCAAGAAAAUACAUUUUUGAGCACAUUUUACCGAAGGAAGUUGUUUUCAUGCUUUGUGUCCUACUGGAGCGUGUUGGACGAGCCCUUCACUUCACCAGUCACUGUUCACACACUAUUUAAACAUCUGCCCCUUCCAUUCUACAGCUGUGUGUCUUCAUGGUGUACAGAAUGACAACUAGGCAUGGGCCGGUGUGAUGUCACCACCGUCUGAUCUGAGGAAUGCCGCCAUAUCAAAGUGUUUGCACAAAAACGUUUGUGUCGACAGGCCAAGGAAAAUGUUAUUUCUGGGCACAUUAAGAUGAAUAUGAUCAUCUCCGUCUGCUUUGUCAGGAUUAAAAGUGCAUUUUUAAUUCCAUUUUUAAGAAUUAAUAACAUUUAUUUAUUGGUUCAUUUCAUUUUGAUUCAGUCUUAACAUUCAAGUAGCCAAAAAUAACUAAGCAGAAUUAAAAAUGAAUUAUAAGCUAAUUAUCAGUGUCUGCUCUAGUAGCUAGCUGGCUUAUCAGUGGAACUCAAAAAUAUUCAUAUCCCUGACAGAUUUAGAUUCCAAAUUAUUUUUAUUCAUGUUAUGCAAGCAGUUUUCAGACAGGAAGUGAAGCAUUUCUCUAAAGAUUGUAAAUAUGUAAAAGCAGCAUCAUUUUUCUGUGUUUGUUUAAAUUCUGGUAAAAAAAAAAAAAAAAGGCAUGUUGAAAAUUAGCUGUAACCUCAGUAAUCAAUAGAAAAAUCUAUCAAACUUCCUAUUUAAGACCUCCUUGCCAUCACCCUAAUGUUUAACUUCCUCCACGGAUUCUCUGUCAGAUAUCAGAAUGUGAAUAUUGCUUCCAGUCAGCAGAAACAUAUCGGUAAUUUAAACAAACCAAAAAAAAAAAA